CUUUUCUGCUAAAACGUCUCUGUUAUACAAAGUUCGAUUCGAAUUUUUCUAGCUCUUUUCUGUGUUGUAAUUUCCCAAGCAAGAACAAUGUCCGGCAAGGGUGAGGGUCCGGCUAUCGGAAUUGAUCUCGGGACUACAUACUCGUGUGUCGGAGUGUGGCAACACGAUCGUGUUGAGAUUAUAGCCAACGAUCAGGGAAACCGUACUACUCCUUCCUAUGUUGCCUUCACUGAUUCUGAGCGUCUGAUCGGAGAUGCCGCCAAGAACCAGGUCGCAAUGAACCCUAUCAAUACCGUCUUCGAUGCAAAGCGUUUGAUUGGUAGAAGGUUCAGUGACUCGUCAGUUCAGAGUGAUAUCAAGCUUUGGCCUUUCAAGGUCAUACCUGGACCUGGUGACAAGCCUAUGAUAGUGGUCAAUUACAAGGGUGAGGAGAAACAAUUUGCCGCGGAGGAAAUCUCAUCCAUGGUUUUGAUUAAGAUGCGUGAGAUUGCAGAGGCAUACCUCGGUUCCACAGUAAAGAAUGCCGUUGUUACUGUUCCUGCCUACUUCAAUGACUCCCAGCGUCAGGCUACCAAGGAUGCUGGAGUUAUUGCUGGCCUCAAUGUAUUGCGAAUCAUUAACGAACCUACUGCCGCUGCUAUAGCUUAUGGUCUUGACAAGAAGGCUUCUAGCGUGGGUGAGAAGAACGUACUCAUCUUUGAUCUUGGUGGUGGCACUUUCGAUGUCUCCCUGCUCACCAUCGAAGAGGGCAUCUUCGAAGUGAAGGCUACAGCUGGGGACACCCAUCUUGGAGGGGAAGACUUUGAUAAUAGAAUGGUGAAUCACUUUGUUCAGGAGUUCAAGAGGAAGCACAAGAAAGAUAUUACCGGCAACCCUAGGGCUCUCAGGAGGCUGAGGACAUCAUGUGAAAGGGCAAAGAGAACACUCUCAUCCACUGCCCAAACCACCAUUGAGAUAGAUUCCUUGUACGAGGGUAUUGAUUUCUACUCCACCAUUACCCGUGCUAGGUUCGAGGAGCUCAACAUGGAUCUCUUCAGGAAGUGUAUGGAGCCUGUGGAGAAGUGUCUAAGGGAUGCCAAGAUGGAUAAAAGCACUGUUCAUGAUGUCGUGCUUGUUGGUGGGUCUACCAGGAUUCCCAAGGUGCAGCAGCUAUUGCAAGACUUCUUCAAUGGAAAGGAGCUCUGCAAGAGUAUUAAUCCUGAUGAAGCUGUCGCUUAUGGAGCUGCUGUUCAAGCUGCUAUUCUGAGUGGUGAGGGUAACGAGAAAGUGCAGGACCUUCUUCUCUUGGAUGUUACCCCUCUCUCCCUUGGUUUGGAAACCGCAGGAGGGGUCAUGACUGUCUUGAUUCCAAGGAACACUACUAUCCCUACCAAGAAGGAGCAGGUGUUCUCCACGUACUCCGACAACCAACCCGGUGUGUUGAUUCAGGUCUAUGAGGGUGAGAGAACUAGAACUAAGGACAACAAUCUGCUUGGAAAGUUCGAGCUAUCUGGCAUCCCACCGGCCCCCAGGGGUGUUCCCCAAAUUACAGUGUGCUUCGAUAUCGACGCGAAUGGUAUUCUGAACGUCUCCGCAGAAGACAAAACCACCGGACAGAAGAACAAGAUUACCAUCACAAACGACAAGGGCAGGUUGUCGAAGGAGGAAAUUGAGAAGAUGGUCCAGGAAGCAGAGAAGUACAAGUCUGAGGAUGAGGAGCACAAGAAGAAGGUUGAAUCAAAGAAUGCUUUGGAGAACUAUGCUUACAAUAUGAGGAACACAGUGAAAGAUGAGAAGAUAAGUGCCAAGCUAUCUGCAGCCGAAAAGAAGAGGAUUGAAGAUGCAAUUGAGCAGGCCAUCCAGUGGCUGGACGCGAAUCAGCUGGCGGAAGCAGAUGAGUUCGACGACAAAAUGAAGGAGCUGGAAAGCAUCUGCAACCCCAUAAUCGCCAAGAUGUACCAGGGUGUUGGUCCAGACACAGAUGGUGCCAUGGAUGACGAUGGUCCUUCAGUCAGUGGUAGCGGUGCUGGCCCGAAAAUCGAGGAGGUUGAUUAAGCGGUCCACCCCGUUGGUUUUGCUCGAGCCAUAUAUCGGAUUU